AAAAUACAAUUUGUCUGAGAUAGAUAAACUUGUCAUGGCUUUAACGCUGUCAGUGGACGUAUAAGAAAUUUAUUAUAAACGCAAUCAACUAUUUUUUGCUCCCUAUGAGAUAAACACUCAGGAUAUUCAAUAAAACUGGAAAUUAUGUAGUGGUUCAGUUUCAUUUCGGUGGGAAAUUUAAUUUGCUAAUAUCGGUUCAUUUGUAUUCAUUAUCUAGCCGCUGUGACAGAUUGGACAUUAGUUAUUUGCUUAAUAUCCUUCCCUUUAAUAAGUGGAAACGAUGAAGAUUUUAAUCAUUUCAAGCGAGCUCGUUUGACUAAUGCACAAUAAGGAAAGUUAAUAACAGAAAAGCUGUAUCAUUUAUAUACAGAGGCAGCUAGUUUAUCAUGCUGAUUUCGGUUUAACAAGUAUCGUAAUUCUUUCGGUUGCUACGAGGAAUAUUACCGUCUGUGCGUGUAACAAGUUAUAAAGUGUACAUGCAAUCGUUGAUAUGUUUCUUAAAAGUGUUUACCUCGCACAUGUUAACAUGAACGUGAACUAACUGUGACGUACAUACGGAUACAGAUGGAAUCGUACAUCCUACUAUUUAAGGGUAAACCUAUGUGAUAAGUGACUCAUAUGACAAGCUUAUUUGACUGUUUGUUGACAUUUUCUUAAAAGUGCCCCAUCCCUACCUGUAUAGGAAGGGCACCGUGUGCACAAGCUGUGAAUAAUAUGUUGAUAUAGAUGGAAUCGCACCUUAAAGGUAUAAAAAGUUACUGGAAUCGUGAUAAGUCAAAGUUCACGUCGUACAAAGUGCAUUUACAAUAAUUUGGUCAUAAACACAACUCGUUAUCAGCGUGACGUACUCAGCGUGACGUAACGAGGGAGUACACGGGGGCCACGUGCGGACGGCCGACGUUGAGGCGGCGAUCGGUUGCUCUGGCAGGAAUAGCAGCUAUGACCCGGGGAACCCGAGAGUCGAGCGGACUCGUCCAAAGCCCUAUGAUGAAUUCCAACAGCCAAUCAGCACACGCAGAUGGCGGAAGUACGGUGCGCUCGUGCGCGGGUUGCGGCGCGCGCAUAUACGAACGCUUCCUGCUGCACGCGGUGGACCGGUAUUGGCACACCGGAUGUCUCAAGUGUUCGUGUUGCCAGUCGACGCUGGGCGACUUCAACUCGUGCUUUGUCAAGUCGGGCAUGAUCUUCUGUCGCAAUGACUACUUCAGGCUAUUCGGAUCGGGCGGGUCGUGUGGAUCAUGCGGGCAGACGAUCAGCGCGGGCGAGCUUGUCAUGAAGGCUGGUCAAGCGGUGUACCACGUGAAAUGCUUCACUUGCGCCACGUGCAGACACCAACUCGUCACAGGCGACAGAUACAGCGUUGUGAACGGCGCCAUUUUGUGUGAGCAGGACUCGACCAAGUGCGCGAAAGAACAGUGAUGUAUGGCACUAGGGCGGCGUGCGCCCUCCAUGAACGAUAGUUGAGGCGAUGUCGUCAUGCGCAUGUGAUAAUCACAGGGAAUAAAUCGACGACGCCCCUUAAUGCGAAUGUCGAGAAUGAGAAUGUCAAACAUUCAAGACGUAGCCGUGUCAUCAACGGAUAUGUUCUGAGACAUGUUUUUAUUCGAAGCAUAAUUUUAAGUUUAAAAGGUCUCUCUCAUGUUUCGGCACCAAUUUGUUUUAGGUGAUGUAUCUGGAAACACUUAUAGUUGAAUCAUUUUACUCUUGAGACCGAAUUUGCAGAAAUAAAAUACAUUUAAAGUGUAAAAUAAUGUUCUUCUUUUAGUGGGGUGUGAACACUGUCCGGUACAGUCAAGGAAAAACAAGAAAACAAACAACAAAACCUCUCACCCACAAGGACUCAUACACUAACAUAACGAUAACUUAAUAUUUACGCUAGUUACUAAAGCUAUUCAAAAUUUUGGACAUCGAAGUUAGACAACAUUUGUGCAUAUAUCAAUACUUGUUGGAGGGUUCCAGCCUUCAGUAUCUUUGUUUUAAUACUUCCAAUGAUUUGCCACACAUUAUUGUGUCAUACAAAAACGUGCGUUUUACAAAAACAUGAGCGAGUACCUUUAAAACGGUAACUUAUAUCCAAGUUAUUAGCGUUCCAAGAAAAUUCGUUAUUCGUUGAUUUUAUAUGGGGUGCAUGUGAUCCUUACCAGGGGCCCACAGUGCUCAGCUACUUUACCAUUUAAUCAUUUUCACAUUUGUAUCGUGUUGGUUUUAUGAUUUUUUUCUUCAUUUUAAGACAAGUAAUGAAUGUUUCUGCAUAUUUCAUCACAUGCUGUACACUGUUUCUUUGUUGUUAAAAAUUAUGCAUGUUGUACGGUCUACUUAUUGCACAAAAUGUCGAGUUUUAAGGUGACAGAAACAUCAGAAACAUUGGGCCGAUUGGCCAGAACAUUGUUAAAGCUGCACUAUCACAGAUUUACCAUUUUUACAACUUUUUUAUUUAUUUUUAUUUUUGUCUUUGAAAGAGCAAAUUUUUGCGUAAAUAUCUGCAAAUCAAUGAUACAAUAUUGCUGACAAAAGAUCUGAUCGCAGAUUUUCAUAUUUCCGUUCGAAAACUAAUGUUUUACGGUUUAAACCGUUACUAACGGUUUAAGAAAAAUGCAUAAAACAUCAAUUUUUGAACUUAAAUAUAAAAAUCUGCGAUUUAUUUUUUUGUCAGCAGUCUUGUAUCACUCGUUCCAAGACAAAAAAUUAAAAAGUUGGUAAAACGUUCAAUCUGUGAGAGUGCAGCUUUAAAGUUAAUAACCUGAUUAAUGACAUCGUUGUUUACUUUAAACGGGAAAUAUUUUAAGAUGUGGUUAUGUAUUUAAAUACAAGAAGUACAGCUGAAACAGUUGUGUCAAACCUUGUUUGAAAUAUUGCCGAUCAUAAUUGUAACAUUCCCAGAUCGGUAAAGAUUUAAAAUUGAACAACGAUGACUGUAAGAACGCCGUUACCUUAAAAAAGCUCUGAACAAUAAUGUAACUUUUGCAUAGGCUUGUAUAGACAAGAUAUUGAAGAGAGUAACUUAUAUUUAGGACUGCUAGAAUAGUGACAUACAAAGAAACGUAAAGUAUAUUUUUACUAAUUUCUGUUGAUUCGAUGGCUCGGAUCAAAGACUACGGCCUAGAAAUAAGUACCAGUGGCCAUUUAUGUGAGCGUCCAAGAGAAAGUGCCACAGGUGGCCUAAGCUCGAGAGGAUGAGUGACGGAAGUUACAAAACUGUAUAGCUUAAAAUGUGAAAGGUACACUUUAACAGUUUGCGAAUCUUCCUCCACUCCUGCGUCAAAUGUGUGAGAACACAAGACACAUCUGUUCUGGGAUGGAGAGUCCCUGACAUAGCAUAAUGAGUGUUUAGUGAAACUUUGUCCAACAAAACAACACAAACUUGUUAAUAUGUUUGAAUUGCUUCCUCUUUUUAUUGAAACGAUCCCCUAAUGUUAUUUACUUGUAUACCCAGCUGCCAGAAAUGGCCAUAACAAAAUUUUCAGUCAAGGACAGCAGGUAAAGAGAUCGGAGACCGAUACCUGACAAAUCAUCAUUCAAUCCUUAAGUAAUAGUUAGAUGACAUGAACAUAAUUCUUAAUGAUGGGUAGAGUGAGCGAAACGAACGAGCCUUUUCUUAAUCAUUAAGAAUUACUUCAGGUCAUCUAACUGACUAAGAAUACAACCUCAUUGGCUGAUACAUUGUCAAUGCAAUUUCUGAAACAGGGAGUCUGUAUGGGAUGAGGGGUAGUAGGCUGAUAUUUAAACACCCGCAAAAGUUAGAGUUCUAAAUGAUAAAGCCUAGUACUUAAAGAUUGCCUAUCUGCAAUUUCAUUGGCUGAUAAUGUAGGUUGUAUUCUAAUUGACGUUGUAGAAUAUUUGUCCAUGUUGUUGCCCUAGUGGUAUUGUUAACUGUUUUGGAAAUUUGCUUGACCAUUUGUUACCAACACUGUUGUGAUAUGUACAUUUGCAAUAUUUCCAAAAACAGUAAAUAUCUUAACUCGUUACACUAUUUGACCAUUUUUUCAUGAUUCUUCAAAAGAUUUCUAAGCAAUGGGUGGAUUUUGCAAAUGGUUACACAUGUGAAAAAUACCACUUUAUAACUGCAUCGGUAUUUAACUCAAAACUUGUUAAAGCUAUAAUCAUGAAACUUGGUAUAUGUAUAACGAGUAAUAAAGAUGCACUGCGCUAAUGGAUGCAAUAUACAAGAUAUCAUUGUAAGUCUGCCGCUGCAUUGUUUCUACAUACAAUUAACUCAGAUCAUAUGGCCUAACAGUUAUCUUACCCCGACCCAUCAGGAGGGGGAGUGGAUUUAGGAAGCCUUGAAGUAUCUCCCCCUCCACUCGACUCCCAACCGAGAGCUUCAAACCAUUUAAGUAAACUUUAUUCCUAAUAAAGGAAUACUUAUCAUAGGUAAUAUUAUAUGAACUGUUUUAUAGGCGGGCGUGGGAAUUCCUCCUCCUCCCCGUGGGAAUCCGCCUCCUCCCCGUGAGAAUCCCCCCUCCUCCACACGGGAAUCCCCCUCCCCUCCGUUUCCUCCCACACACAUUCGCAUUGAUACCGCCAAUGCAUGUUAUAGCAUCUGAGAUUGCAAUACAUCUACAUUCAAAAUAACAACUUAUGAUACUAGUUUGUGUCAUUGUACCCGGUGUCAAUAUGUAUUCUGAAUUUAGCGUUUGAUUAUAUGAUUUCCUGUUGUAUCAGUGACUAGUAUCAUUGAACUAAACAUUGCACACUGGAUGUUUGUAUGACUUGAGUUGUUGUUGAUUAAUUAACAUUAUAAAGAUAUUAAAUAUGUGAGCACA